AUGUCACAAUCAACUGCUGCUUCAGAACCAACAACACCAGACCUGGAUCCGGUAACAGCAAACACAGAAAGAUUGAAGGAUGCCUACACAAAUACCAGUUUUGAUCCAAAAUGGAUAAAGGGCAGCGAUCAUUUCUGGUAUCAUAGUCGUCUUUGCCACAAUAAAUCUUCAUUUAUCUACGUGGAUGCUCAUCAUGCGCUUCGUGCUCCGGCAUUCGACCACACUGCACUUGCAGAGGCACUGAACUCCCAAGGAAUACAUGCUGAUGCAACGAAUCUCCCUUUCACUCAUGUUGACGCGAGUAAAGACUGCAAGACCAUCAAGUUCAGGAUCGGAGAGAAGAAAUUUCGAUUCCAGCACAGCUGCCUCACAGAAUACGAUGGAGAUCUCACACAAGAGAGCCUACAGCCGUUGAAACAGGAGAAGGUCUCCGAAGGCUCAGCCACCAGAACCAACAUCAAUUUCGUCAAUGAGUUGAAAGAAUCAGUUUCCAUAUUCUGGAUCGACUUCCAAGGAGAUGAAAAACACUACAGCAACAUCCAGGCUGGUGAAUCUCAAAAACAGUCAACGUAUGAGGGCCACGUUUGGCGUGUAGCAAAGUCCGAAGGAAAUGAGGCCGUUGCAACUUUCGUUGCCAAUGGCGAUGACUCAAUUGCAAUCAUCAAAACUGGACUCAUCCCUGCAAUUCCAGUGGGAAAGGCGCAAGAUGCGACCACGACUGAGUCGGGAGAGAUAGAAGACAAUUCAACAAACCAGACCGAGAGAAGAUUUCAACUUUUUAUAAAAGAUCACAACCUCUGGCUCCACACUCAUGAUGACGGCGACCUCCCACUGUCCAGCACGGCCACAAGUGGACAACCCUUCAACGCCGACAAGAUAUUCAUAUCGCCUAACGACCAACAUGCAGUCGCGUUUCAGCACACCUUUGACCAAGAUCGGACCCUAUAUCACAUCGAAUCCAGCCCCAAAACUCAACGUCAGCCACGACUGAAGCAGACGCAAUACUUGAAACCAGGUGACAGAAGGCGCGUCGACCGACCUCGCCUAUUCGAUUUAACCCGAAGAGUCGAAGUCGAGACUGACGACUGCUUGUUUCCCAACCCAUAUCGAAUCAACAGCAUUGGAUGGAACUCUGAUGGUUCAGAGUUCCGCUUCGAAUAUAAUCGGAGAGGUCAUCAAGUUCUUCGAGUCGUUGGCAUGGCCACCAACGGUACCGUGCGGACCCUCAUUGAAGACACCAGCAACACGUUCAUAGAUUAUUCGCAGAAGUCCUACCAUCACCACAUAAACGAUACAGACGAGUUGAUCUGGGCCAGUGAACGUGAUGGAUGGAAUCACCUAUACCUGUUCGACCUGGGUCAAGGCAAGCUGAAGAAUCAGAUCACAAAAGGCGAAUGGGUAGUGCGCUCGGUGGAUCACGUCGACAACGACCGGAAACAGAUCUGGUUCACAGCACUGGGACUUGUCGCGGACCAAGACCCCUAUCAUUCACAUCUCGCAAGGAUAAAUUACGACGGCUCUGGCCUCGUGGUCCUGACCGAGGGAGACGGAACCCACACCUGGAAAUGGAGCCCAAGCCGGAUCUUCCUGGUCGACACAUGGUCCAGGGUCGACUUGGCUCCACGAACUGUCCUCCGAGCCGCAGACACAGGAAAAGCCAUUCUCACCUUAGAGGAAGGCGAUUUCCAGACCCUCCCGCAAACGGGCUGGCAACCAGCCCAGCGCCUCGCGGCACCAGGGCGAGACGGCCACACCAUGAUAUACGGCAUCAUGGUCCUUCCCUUGACAUUCGACCCGCUCAAGAGAUAUCCCAUCAUCGAAGACAUCUACGCAGGGCCGCAAGACUUCUUCGUGCCGAAAUCCUUCUCCCCACUCAUCCGCCAACACACGCUCGCGGCACACGGCUUCAUCGUCGUGCACAUCGACGGCAUGGGCACGAACUGGCGCGGCAAGGCCUUCCACGACACAUGCCACCAGAACCUCCGGGACGCGGGAUUCCCCGACCGCAUUGCCUGGCUGACCGCCGCCGCCGCCACCCGACCCUGGAUGGACGUAACGCGCGUCGGUAUUUUCGGCAGCUCGGCGGGCGGGCAGAGCGCGCUGGCGGCACUCCUGUGGCACGGCGAUCUCUACCGCGCUGCCGUGGCCGACAGCGGCUGCCACGACAACAGGCUGGACAAGCUGUGGUGGAACGAGGCGUGGAUGGGCUGGCCGGUCGACGAGAACGUGUACGACGCGUCCUCGAACGUCGUGCACGCAAAUCGCCUCCAAGGUGCGCUGAUGCUGAUCGUGGGCGAGUUGGACGAUAAUGUGGAUCCGGCGAGCACGAUGCAGGUGGUCGAUGCGUUGAUCAAGGCGGACAAGGACUUCGAUCUCGUCUUCGUGCCUGGUGCUGGCCAUGGCGUCGGGUAUAGCAGUGCGUACUGUCUUAGGAGGCAGAGGGAUUUCUUCAUCAGACAUCUUCUGGGUAAAGAGCCGCCGGAUCGGAAUGCUGGCUGA